AUGGGGCGAAGAUAUUCAGCUCACUUGGGGAGCAGAGGCUCUCAGAAACCCAAUCCCUUCCCUACGAUGAACAUCAACAACACUGGAGAAAUGCCAGCCUGUACAGUCGGCAGUGCCAAUGUCGUACAAUUCGCAUUCUCUGGGGACUACAAUCCCCGUCAACCAGUACUAAUCGACGCUGAGAACCCUGCUCGAUUCAUCACCAAAGAGUGCGCCCUGCAAUUGACCGCAAGUUUGACAGGCGCCUUCCCGAGAAACUCCACCGUCUGUCUUGCGAUUCCAAACGACAUCACAUAUCCUGUCAUCUGUAUGGGAAUUUGGACAUCGCAAUGUCGUUGGACGGGGGUCAACCCAGCGUAUUCGACGCCUGAAUUGAAGCAUCACUUUACGGUAUCGGAAACCAAAUACGUGAUUGCAGGAGAGGAGCAACUCGAAAAAGUCCGCAAGGCGGUUCAAGACACCAACAUCGAGAUCAUCCUCUUCUCCGACCUCCUUGAGUCACGACCGGCAAAAGGGCAAGAGGUCUGCGCAGUACGUCCAAACCCACGAGACGAUACUGUGCCGCAUAGAUACCGAUGCCUCCACGAGCUACAACGAACGACUACCGCCGCUAGAUUCUACGAUGCGAUCGAUGCGAUCGAUCCAAACUCCAUCGCAUCCCUUUUCAGCACAUCUGGAACUACUGGCCUACCAAAAAUGGCCGCUCGGCCUCACAAGUCGCUCGUUCUCGAAGCCGCUGCUACGAAGGACAACCACGAAGCGAAGCCAUACCAAGUCCGACGACUGUUCUGCACUCCAAUUUUUCACGCAUUCAGUACUGGAGAAAUGGUCAUCAACAGUCUACGCCUUGGUCAGCCGACCUACUACAUGAAGCGCUUCCAUCCAUCAGCCUUCCCAAAGGCAAUCGAAGACUACAACAUCACCGAAACCUUCGCACCUCCGCCGCUCAUCCUGAAACUCGUCGAGGACUCGAGAUCCCACUCCCAGAUCCAAUCCCUUCGAAACAUCUACUCAGGCGGUGCACCUCUCGUCCCCGAACUCAAGAGCCGCCUCGAUGCCAUCUACGACAAUAACCCCAGCGGUCCACCGCGAGUCACCCAAGUCUACGGUAUGACAGAAGGUGGUUGGUUCACGACGUUCAAAUACGAUGAGCAUGACACCACAAACUCCAUUGGUCGUCCAAUCAAAGGCUACGAGAUCCGCGUUGUAAAUCGCGAAGGCUUCAAAAGCUUCGAAGGCCGCCAAACAGGAGAGCUUCUCGUGCGCGGUCCGAUGCUCAUGACCAAGUAUCUCGGAAAUCAACAAGCCACCGUCGAUGCAUUCGAAGACAGCUGGCUGAAGACAGGCGACGUGGGCUACAUCGUCGACGGCAAAGUCUACCUAGUCGAUCGCUGCAAAGACUUGAUCAAAGUGAACGGCUUUCAAGUCUCUCCGACUGAACUCGAGAACGCUCUCUUGUCUUCUCCAGACAUCGCGGACGUGGGAGUUGUGGGUCAUGGAUCGGACACGAACGAGCAUCCUGUUGCUUUCGUAGUCGGCGCGAACCCGCAAGUCACACCGGAGGAGAUCAAAUUGCGUCUGAGAAACCAGCUUGCUAGCUACAAGGUCUCAACGCUGGAGGUCAAGUUUGUUGAAUCUUUGCCCAAGUCGAUUACUGGCAAGAUUCUAAGGACGGAGUUGAGGAAGUUGUGCUGUUAG